GUGACAUUAAAUCUCCAUCGGAGAAAUAAAAAUAAAUUUAAUUUUGCAAAGGGGAAGCGCAGCUAAGGAAUAUGUCGCCCAAGAACAACCACGAUCCCACCUCGUCCAGCGACCCGGGAAAAGCAAAUGUGCCGGAAGCAGAUCUACAAGAAAUGGAAGAUGUUAACCAGAGCCUGGACGCCCUCAGCUGCGCCUUGGACGCAGUUGAACAGCGCACCGAUGACAUCAUGUCGCAGCUACGGGAGCUGCUAAGCUCCAAUAGGGAGAUCCGUCGCCAGCUCGCGGAGCAGAAGGACAAAUCUGGGGAUCAGGAGACUGCCGAUGAUGACAUGAAUGGACAGCCGAAUAAUGAUAAUGUAUCGAAGUAAAGCUGAUUUCCAAUGUUUUGUUUGUACCUCUCUUCAUUUGUAUUAGAUUGUUCCUGUUUUUUGUUUGUUUGUAUGCAUAUGUACGUAAACGUAUAGCAAUAUUUGUUCGUAUAAUUAUUAGCACCCGUAUAUAUGAACUAGAA